AUGGUGAAGGAAGAAGAUGAUAAUAAUAACAAUAAUGGUGAUAACAAAAAUUAUAAUAGUACAAAUAGCAGUAGCAGAAGUAAUAGUAAUAAUACAAAUAUUAGUGGCAACAAUAACAGUAAUCAUAGUAGACUCCAACUUUUAUUAUAUCAUAAAUAA